AUUUAUUUAUUAUAUAUAUACAUACAUACCAAUAUCCUUCCUCCUCUUAUCAUCAUCAGCUCUUCAUUUCUUUUUCUGUUGUAAUUUCUCUCCUCUCAAAUGGCUACUACUUCGAUAGAUCCUCUUAUCAUGUGUAGAAUAAUUGGGGAUGUGGUGGAUCAAUUUGUGCCCACAACCGCCAUGAAUGUCUACUAUGCAACCAAGCAUGUUACUAAUGGCUGCAGCAUCAAGCCUUCCAUGGCUUUUAAUCCCCCAACUGUCACCAUUUCUGGAUUGCCUAAUGAUCUCUACACCCUGGUAAUGACAAAUCCAGAUGCGCCAAGUCCUAGUGAGCCCUACAUGAGAGAAUGGAUUGUGGCCAACAUUCCUGGAGUAACCAAUUCUGGUCAAGUACUAUUUAGACAGUCCAUAUAUGUGGACCAAACUAUUGAGAAGCCAAAUAUCAUAACCAGAGCCAACUUCAACACUAGAGCUUUCUCUCGUCACCUAUGCUUGGGAAUUCCGGUUGCAACUGUUUACUUCAAUGCACAAAAGGAAUCCAUCAAACAACGAAAGAAUAUCUAA